AUGAGUUCCACAUACAAGUACGAGCAGGACUUGCCAUGCUUGCCUGUGCCUUCAUUGGAGGCCACGACACAACGAUUACUUUGUGCGCUUCAGCCAUUGAUUACCCCAGAUGAGUAUCUUGAUUUGGUUCAAGAGAUGAACGAAUUUGCUAACGAUGACACGAUCUUGUUGAUUCAAAAGCAUUUGGAGGCAGUUUAUGAAAGCAAUCCCGAGUUGACGUGCUACUUAUCGUCGAUCAAUGACGAAACAAACCCGGGGAUUUAUGGAGAGCUUCGAGGAGAUAUUUUACCAAGGAACCCAUAUUUGAUAUUGGAGGAAGAUCCAUAUUCCAAGACGAUAAAUCCACCAAAUCAAGCACAAAGGGCUGCUAGUUUGAUCAAUUCGUCGCUUAAGUUUAUUGUGAGUCUUCGAAACGAAACUUUGAAACCGGACUUAACUCCCAAAAACAAUACUCCUUUAACCAUGAAUUGUUAUCGUAAUUUAUUUGGUACCACUAGAGUUCCCGGAGAAUCCAAAUCUCAAAUCAAUAGUAUUUCGAUUAAAAAAUCACCUCUGUACAAUGAAUCCCGUCAUAUUAUUGUUAUCUGUAAUAAUCAAUUCUAUCAAUUGGAAGUUCUUACCAGGAUUGAGGAUCAAACUAAUAAUUCAAAUCACAAUAUUUGGUUUAAUGAUUUUGAAUUGAGUGUAAUUUUGAAUUCAAUUAUCGAAGAAAGUGAUAAGGUCGAUAACAUUGAUUCAAUUAAUAACUCAAUUGGGUCAAUCACCACUCAAUCUUACUCUCAGUGGAAAAUAGGUAGAUUGGAAUUACAAAAAGCAAGUAAAGGAAAUUUGGAAAUUAUCGAUAAUGCGUUGUUCGUGGUUAUCCUUGAUAAUAAGAAUUCUCCAACCGAUGAUCAACUGAAAACUUCCGUAAUAAGUCAUGGUACUUCUACUUUGAAACAAGGUACUAAUAUUCAAAUUGGGUCUUGUACUUCUAGAUGGUAUGAUAAGUUGCAAAUCAUUGUAACUUCAAACUCUGUUGCUGGUGUGGUUUGGGAAUCUACCUCAAUGGAUAGUACUGCCAUUCUUAGAUUUUUAAGUGAUAUUUAUACUGAUCUGAUCUUAAAAUUAGCAAGAAAUAUCAAUGGCUCAGAAUAUACUCUUUUCGAUAAUAACGUUGAAUUCGUACUGAGUAAAAUUGAUAAACCGAAUAAAAUUCAGUUACUCUUCAAAAAAACUCCCGAAUUACAAAAUUUGAUUCAUUUAUCAGAAACAAGAUUAGCAGAUAUCAUUAGUCAACAUGAAUAUAAAACUUUAAAUUUGAAAUUAGAUACCCACAUUGUUAAUAAUAUUGGUAUUUCAAUUGAUUCUUUCUUACAAAUCUGUUUCCAAAUCAGUAACUAUACCUUAUACGGUAAAAUGGCAAACACUUUAGAACCAAUAACCACAAGAAAAUUUAAAGAUUCUCGUACUGAGUUAAUUCCAAUCCAAAAUGAAAAAAUUUUUAAUUUGUGCAAACAAUACAUUACUCGUUCAAAUCGUGAAUCAUUAUGGGAUAUGUUUCUUGAAUGUUGCCGUGAUCAUGGCCAACAGUAUCAUGAUGCAAUGCUUGGUAAAGGCUUUGAACGUCAUUUCACUUCAAUCUUACAUAUUUUGAACAAUCACGAAAUUGUGGAUUAUUUAAACAAAAUUAACAACAAUUUAACUCCUUUGAACUUGAAGAAUAUUAAUGAGAUUUCAUUAUUACUGAAUCCCUUUGUUGAUCGAAUCACCAAACCCGAAUUAUUAAUAAGCAAUUGCGGUAACCCUGCAUUACAUUUAUUUGGUAUCCCACCUGCUAUUGAUCAAGGUUUUGGUAUUGGAUAUAUAAUCCAUAAGGAUAAAGUCCAAAUAACCAUUCUGUCCAAACAUCGUCAAACAGAUCGGUUUUUAGACACCUUCACUCGUAUCACUAACGAUAUUCGAAAUAUAUUCAAGUCAAAGCUGAAUAUUUUCGUUAACUUAUCUACUGACUCUUCUGCUCGUAAAAAUGAAUUACAGAAACUAAGAAGAGAAAGUGAAUGGAAAAAUAUUAAUAAGGAUUUACCUUCAACAAAGCAUCCUAUCGACCUCACCAUCGACAAAACAACUAUACCUUUGGAGUCCAUCAAUAUGUCUCGUACAAGAUCACUGUCUUCUUCGCUGAAUUCAGAUGAUUACGAUGUAUUGGGAGGCUAUGGAUACUUUGACUUUGGUGAAUUAGAUCUCAGAGCAGAUAAUUCCUCUGUACAAUCAUUUACAAAAAGUAAAGGCCAUUCUGAACUAAGCUCCAGAACCAGCUCUUCAAGUGACUUGAUGAAGAUUCAGAACAUUCCUCAAAAUGAUGUUAAACAAAAACUCUCUUUAAGUGAACGGAUUAGAGAUCGAUUAUCUCAUAGCCAAGAUACGCUUUCUCAAUUGAGCUUGAACGACCCUGACGAAAGUUCUGAAGUCUUUCAAAGACCAAAACACCAAGUCGGAAGACAAGUAAAAGUAUCCAAGUUCUAG